AUGGCUGGCGAUGAUGAUCAGAAAGUUGUUCCUGAGCACAAGAAAGGCUCAGACACAUCUACAGUAUCAACACCAUGGGAGAGUCCUAAUCAUUCACUCUAUAUGCAUCAUUCCGAUCAACCUGGCAUGAUUCUUGUGCCACAAGCAUUGACGGAAGACAACUACAUCAACUGGGCUGACUCGAUGUCCAUGGCACUCGCAGUCAAGAACAAACAUGGUUUUAUCAAUGGAACCAUAACAAGACCACUUCACAACAAAGAAGAACAAGGGCAAUGGGAUCGCUGCAACAUCCUCGUUAAGACUUGGCUUUUUGGAAGCAUGUCAAAGGAGAUCAAAAGGAGUCUUGCUCAUUGCAAGACAGCACAUGACAUAUGGGAGGAGUUAAAGGAGAGGUUUUCUCACACCAACACAGUUCAACUGUACAACAUAGAGAAUGAUAUCAACAAAUGUGAGCAGGGAACAGGUACAGUCACCACGUAUCACACCAAUCUCACAGGUUUGUGGGAUGCAAGGGACGUGGCCUGUGCAUUGACUCCUUGCACAUGUGAAGCUGCUAACACAUACAAGACCUACAUAGAGACUCAGAAGACAAUAAAGUUUCUGAUGGGAUUGAAUGAAGGGUAUGCAUCUCUCCGGAGCAAUAUAAUAAGCAUGGAUCCUUUACCAAGCUUGAACAAAGUCUAUGCAGCAGCCCUACGCCAUGAAAAGCAGGCAGCAGUCUCUAAUGAAAAGGUUGUUACCACAACGGAGGCAUCGACAUUUGCAGUUAAGAGGUUUGCCAAACCUCCUACAGAGAAGGAACUCAAGUGUGAGAAAUGCGGCAUGACCAACCACGUCAUGAGGAAUUGCAGGGCACAUCUCAAGUGCACCUACUGUGAAGGCAAGGGGCACACUUAUAAUUACUGUCGAAGAAGAAAGGCUGAUCUGGAGAAAGCACAAGAAGUAGGCAAGGUAAAUUAUGCAGCCUUGUCAAUGGAGGAUGAUGAAAGCUUUCCUUUGACAAAGAAGGAGUGUCAACAAAUGAUGGGAAUGAUGAGCAAAAUAAGAUCUGUUGCUGAGAAGCAAACUGAUGAACCUCAAAUGCUUGAGAUGCUUCAAACCAGUCAACCAUCUGCUAAUCUUGUUGGUAAAACUCCUAACUAUCAAGACUUCUCAGGUAAAACACUUGCUAUUUCAAAGGGUAAUACUGAUGAUAUAUGGAUUUUGGAUAGUGGUGCCAGUGAUCAUAUUGUUUGCAAUCCGAAAUUUCUCACUUCACUCAAACAAAUUCAUCAUCGUUUGGUGAAGUUGCCGGAUGGAAAUUUGAGCAAAGUUACUCAUGUUGGGACAGUAGCAUUUACUGAAAAUCUAGUCCUUCACAAUGUUCUCUGUGUUCCAUUGUUUUACCUAAACCUCAUCUCCAUUAGCAAACUAGUAUUUGAUUCAUUCCAUGUAACAAUCUUUCUCAAACAAGUUUGCUUUAUACAGGACCUUCGAUCGGGGAAGACGAUUGGGACGGGAACUGAACGUGAGGGACUCUACUGCCUCGAUUUGCCAGGGAAAGGAACAUGCAAUAUGACAUUUGGGGAGGAUAUCAUGUCCCAGCCAUUUCUGGAGCACAAUUUUUCUUAA